CUCCUCCGCGGAGCUUGUCAUCAGUUGUUUCUGGGCCGGGCCGGACCGUCGUCAUGGGCACGCGGGUAGCCGCGCAGCGGCACUGAAUUAGGAGCGCGGUAGCUGUCUUCCGUAAACAGCCAUGGUGACGGAGAGCGAGAGCAUGCUGCAGCUCGCAGCGGAAGCAUUCACGUCGAAAAACUUCGACCUGGCCGCGGACAUUUACGAGUGCCAGCUAGCGACCGUGAGGGACCAGGACCGCCGGCAGGAGAUGCUGGUCAGGCGGGCGGAUGCGCUCGCUUUCGGGGGGAAAUUUGCGGAAGCUUUGCAAGUUUACUGGAGAGCCGCGGAGAUCGAGAGACUGAAGCCUUCUCACCUGGGCAACCUCCUCGAAUACCUGACUGGUCUGCGGAGGCAGGAGUCCGGGGAGAUUCACAGCAUCCGCGCCGGAGCUGAUGCGGUCCCCGGCGGCUGUCGGAUGUGUCUGAGCUGUCUGUACGAACCGGUGACUUUACCGUGCGGACACUGUUACUGUAAGAAGUGUCUGGAGCGGGAGAGACGGGAGACCGACGGAACCGUUACAUGCAGGGAGUGCGGGGACAGCUCCAGGGCCGCCGACGUCCGCGGCUACCGAAUCAACGUGGUUCUGAGCAACCUGCUGGCCAAGUGGUUCCCGAGCUCACACCAGGCUAGCCGCCUGCGGCGCGAGGGAAACGGGCUAUAUGCCGAGAAGAAGGUGGAAGCGGCGCUGGACAAAUACAACCAAGCGAUCCUCAUCGCACCCACAGACCACAUCUUGUUCAGUAACCGAUCCCAGAUCCACUCUAGUCUGAAAGACUAUGAAAGCGCUCUGCAGGAUGCUGAGAUGGCCUGCACACUCAUGCCACACUGGACCAAGGGCCAUGUUCGCAAGGCUCAGGCUCUGGUCUCUCUAGGCAGAACUGAGGAAGCGCUGCAGGAGUAUCUUCUGUGUCUGUCCAUUGAACCUGACUGCAAACCCGCGAAGAGUGAAGCACUCAAGAUUCUAUGUGACCUCCUGACUCCUCUGACGGAGCAAGUCCCAGAACACAUUUCAGACUUCUCCAACGUGCUUCCACCUCGAGCUCAUCUCAAAAGCAACAUGGCUGCUCAGACCCUCAGUGCUACCCAGAUGUCUUCCCACUCCAGUCUGGCCUCCGUCGUUCGUGCACCUAAUGAGUCCAAUCACUGCAAACUAGUAAGUCAGGGAUCCUCACAAGUCAGGAGGCUUGACCAGUGGGUGCUUCACAAGAGGAAAAGGAAGAUUUCAGAAGAGGAACAUGAAUCAGAAUCCAAGAAGUCCAAGUGUGAGUCCCACUGGUCACUUGUCCCAUCAACACCUGAGGAUGCUAGCCUUUUGGACCCUGCAGAUCUGGAGUGUUCUCUCUGUAUGAGACUGUUCUACGAGCCAGUGACCACUCCCUGUGGCCACACCUUCUGUCUCCAGUGUCUGAAGAGGUGCAUGGACCACAACCCCAAGUGUCCGCUCUGUAAAGAGGAGCUUUCUGAGUACCUGGUUCAGAGGCAAUACUGUAAGACAGUCCUGAUGGAGGCGCUAAUAUCCAAGUAUCUUCCUGCUGAGCUCGCUGAAAGACAGAGAAUCCACCUCGAGGAGAUGGCUGAGCUUUCCAAUCUCGACAAAAACGUGCCUAUAUUUGUGUGCACCAUGGCCUUUCCUACCGUGCCCUGCCCCCUCCACAUCUUUGAGCCUUGCUAUCGCCUGAUGAUCCGCCGCUGCAUGGAGACCGGAACCAAUUCUUUCGGCAUGUGUCUGAGCGACGACCUGAAAGGGUUCGCAGACUACGGGUGUCUGCUGGAGAUCCGUGGCGUCAAGUUUUUCUCAGAUGGAAGGUCAGUAGUGGACACCAUCGGCAGGCGGAGGUUCAAGGUCAUCAGACACAGGGAGAGGGAUGGAUACAACACAGCUGAAAUUGAGUACCUGGAGGACGUGAAGGUGGAGGGCGUGGCUAUGGGGGAGCUGCAGUCUCUGCAUGAUGCUGUGUAUGACCAGGCUCUAGUGUGGGUCAACUCCUUAAAGAAGGAGCAGAAGGACCGCAUCGAAGGACACUUUGGACCGAUGCCUGAGAAAGACUCCAAGCUCCAGGCCAGUCCGAACGGUCCGUCCUGGUGCUGGUGGUUGCUCGCAGUUCUUCCGUUAGAAGGUCGUGCUCAGCUGCCCUUCCUAGCCAUCACGUCUCUAAAGGAUCGUCUGAGCGGCAUCCGCAGAGUGCUACUCUUCAUGGCCCACAGCCGACAUCGCUGAGACUCGUCCUGCAGAUAGAUGCAGUAAAUGACUUCCUUUCUUCCUCCAGCAGCAGUGGAUCUGCUGUUCUGAUGCACAAAGAACUGAUGUUGCGCCGUCCACUUUCACAAGUCUUUCUCUAAGUGAGCAGACAAGGCUUCUCAUUAGCUGUUGAAGCAAGACGGCAGUGAUUUCUUCAUGUCUUUGUUCACAGCUGUCCUCGGUGCCCGCCUGUUUCAACUAGAAAAGUCAUGCCCCACAGUGGUGGUUUUUCAUUUGUCCUAAAAGUUCCAGCUGCGACCUGGCAUUUUUUAGAGCUCCACGUUUCUACUGAGCACAAUGGUGUUCCUCUCAACAACCACGUGUAGCACCACUUUCUUGAUAAACCUUUAUUUUCAAACUAUGCCAAAGUGCUUUUUAUUUACCCAGACUGCUUUGCCUCUGUACUGUGUUUCUUUUCUGCUAUUAAAGGGAGAAAAAAAACAGAACCAUUUGCCGCCAAAUUUUAUCUUCUUGUUAAUUCAGGAUUUUUGGAAUUUUGGCUGCCUUAUCAGUAAUUAUAGCACCCCUUGCAAAACUGUCUUCCACUGUGGAUUCUUUUUCUGGGUGAAGUUCGAACUUUAACUUUAAAAAUAGGGAUCCAACACCAUGUUUUCAUUCCUUAAGAGUGUAUGUAAUUCAUCUAGAAAAACAAGUGAUGUGGUGUAAAUCCCUCCAAUCAUACAAGGAUGAAUGCAUAAAUCCCUGAAGAGGGAAUAUGACGAAGCAAUACUGCGCACCUCAUGGUAAACUGAAUGGUCCAAUGAGAUGCUCUUCCUUGUACCUCCUUCCAACAUACUGAAACUUGGGCUCCACGCUCAUGGCUAACAGAGCCACAGCAGUCGUUGAUAACUGGUCAUAGCAGACGUAGCAGUCAGGAAACCUGCCCAGCCACUGUUGCAAGUCAUUUAAAGUAGCAUGUUUACCCAAGAGUUCUGACUGGCUCUAAAGAACCAUGGACUGAUGACUGCUCACCUUUUCAUUUUUUUCCCAUUAUUUCAUUGUUUACAUGUCUUCUUGCCUUCCAAAGGCACAUUUUGCAAUACUAAGCUAAGUGGCAGGAGUGCUCAUGCUUUCCUGUUGUUGUUUUGAAGUAUUUGUCUAGUUCUUUGUAUUGUCUAAAUAACAGGCAGAAGCGUUUUCUGUUUGUGUUUGCAAUGAUCACAGUGUUGAUGUAACCUACUCCAGCUUCUUUUAU